CACUGGUCUGGUUUGGUUCGAAUCCCGCGGUGGUAAAGCGACACUACAGGCGAACAGAAUGUUCAAGAAGGCCGUGGAGGCUAAGUCUCACCAGCGUCUCUCCGGCGCUGACCGGAAAAAACUCCGCCGCACCGUCCGAAAUAGGCUUCCGCUUCUAACCGAUGAACUCCUCGACGUGAUUCUUCCUCCCAAGGUCGAGAUAACUCUUUCCAAGUUUCAGAAUCGAGUUCAUGUCUAUAGUAUUGAAGGUGGAUGUCCCAUGUUUUUCGAUAUCGAUGGAAGAGGGACUGAGAUAUUCCCCACAGUUUUUGCUCUCUGGGAGGCUCCUGAAAUGUUACCUUCCUUUAUGUUGAAAGGAGGUGAAGUUUCACGGUAUGUUUUAGGUGGUGCAGAUUUGAUGUUCCCAGGUAUUUUGAUCCCUCCCCAAGGCUAUCCUUCUUUCUCCGCCGGAGAAAUAUGGGCUGUCAAAGUUCCUGGAAAUCAGGCACCUAUUGCGGUUGGUUGUACCACAAUGAGUAGUGAAGAAGCCCUUAAAGCAGGUUUGCAUGGGAAGGCUUUACGGAUAACUCAUUAUUACCGUGACUUCCUUUGGGAGUCUGCUGAAGGGCACUAUGUUCCAAAUGCUGGUUUUAUGGAGAAUGUUGUCAUGGAGGACCCAUCUUACCUUGCUUCUGGUUCAGUUGAAGAAAUCACAGACUCUUCAGCUGGUCCUCAGACAGGCACAGAACUUGAAGAUGAAUCUGGUGAUGUGAAUAAUAUUGGGCCCUCAACCUCUGUUACGGAUUCUAAGAAUGACACUGAAGAACAUGUGGUUGGGAGCAUGAAUGAGCUGAACUUAACAGAUGACGUUUCUGCUAAUGAAGCAAAUACCGACAAGCAGAAUAUUUUCUCUCCUGAGGAGGUAGAUGCCCUUCUUGACCAAUGCCUUUUGCAAGCAUUGCAUACAACAUUAAAGGAGAAGGACCUUCCCAUCCCAGGAAGCACUCUGUGGGCAAAUCAUGUGUUACCUUGUAGGCCUUCUGGUCUCACACUUGACAUUAAGAAGUCUUCCCAUAAAAAGCUGUCAAAGUGGCUGCAAUCUAAAGCGUCUACUGGAAUGAUAUCUGUUAAAGAAGACAAGCAUAAGAAGGAGAUUGUAUUGAUUUCAGUCAACCGCAGCCACCCAGAUUACAAAUCCUUCAAGCCAGAGAAAAAGAAAGCGGAAGUCUCUGAGUCUCCUGGAGAGCGUUCCACAUUGCAAGCUCAGUCAGAGAAAAUGCUUGAAAUCAUAGAGGUCUAUAAACCAAGCAUACACAACAGUGGAAUAUUUGCAUCAGUUGGGGAAGACAAAGGAAAUCUGUACACAGCUUCUGAAGCCACUGAUGUUGUGUUCAGAUACAUCGAGAAGGAAAAUCUGGUAAAGCCAAUAAACAAGUCAAUGGUGGUGUUGGAUGCGAUACUAUGUGAUGCAUUGUUCAAAGGAGCUAUCAAAAAGGGAUCUGCAUAUCCGUCAGAGAUUCACAAAAAGGAUGUUGGGUCGACGUUUGUAGGUAGAAUGCAGCCUCAUCACGUAGUGAUGAGAGGAGGCGGUGAACCUGUGGUUCGUAAAGGAGCUAUAAAGCCGGUUCAGAUAAUGACAGAACGAAGACAAGGUAACAAAAAGGUGACCAAGGUGACAGGGAUGGAGACGUUCUUGAUAGACCCAGACUCGUUUGGAUCAGAACUGCAGAAGAAGUUUGCUUGCAGUACUUCAGUUGGGGAACUUCCAGGUAAGAAAGGUUACGAGGUUCUUAUUCAAGGAGGUGUGAUUGAUAAUCUUGCGAAAUAUCUGGUGGAACACUAUGGAGUUCCAAAGAGAUACAUUGAAAUUCUUGAUAAGACUAGGAAGUGACUUUUUUUUCUUUGGUGUUUAAACUUCUAAUUUUAUAUUAUGGAUUUACAUUACUGACUCUUUAAGUUUAAGAUAUGAAACAAAUGAGAAUAAAAGUGUUCUUUUUAAUCAAA